AUUAGAAGGCCAAGAUGAAAUAUGGUUGUCCAAGGUUUUGCAUGGUGACACUAAACAAACAUUGCAUGGCCUUAAUAAAUUGUUUGCUGCAAAUCAGGCAUUACGUACUUGUAUAUAUAAACAGUGUAUAAAACAGUUUACCUUUGCAAAAUGCCACAUAUUACUCGAAAAUGGGAACUAUUCCCAGGCAGAAACCGAUUUUGUUGCGAUGGCAGAGUGAUGAUGGCACCGCAAACUGGAGUCUUUUAUGUGACUGUGUGUCUCAUUGCUGGAACAAGUGGUUUAUUCUUUGCUUUCGAUUGUCCUUUCUUAGCAGUUCAUAUAACACCUGCUAUACCCGUCAUUGGUGGCUUACUAUUUAUUUUUGUAAUGUCUGCUUUAUUCAGAACAAGUUUUAGUGAUCCUGGGGUUAUUCCAAGAGCAACUUCCGAUGAAGCUGCCUACAUUGAAAAGCAAAUUGAGGUUCCAAACAAUGGUAAUUCUAAAAUGUAUAGACCCCCACCUAGAACAAAAGAAGUAUUAGUGAAAGGUCAGCCAGUAAAAUUGAAAUAUUGCUUUACUUGCAAAAUAUUUAGACCUCCAAGAGCUUCGCAUUGUAGUUUAUGUGACAAUUGUGUAGAGAGGUUUGAUCAUCAUUGUCCAUGGGUUGGAAACUGUGUGGGCAGAAGAAAUUACAGAUAUUUUUAUGCCUUUAUUGUGUCCUUGGCAUUUCUUUGUGUUUUCAUACUUGCAUGUGCUGUUACUCAUUUAAUAAUGCUCACAAAAGAUGAUAGACCAUUUUUAGAAGCAGUUAAAAUAUCUCCUGGAAGCGUUGUUGUAGGUGUUAUAUGUUUCUUCUCUGUCUGGAGUAUUCUUGGCCUUGCUGGCUUUCACACACAUUUAACUACUAGCAAUCAAACAACUAACGAAGACAUCAAGGGAUCAUUUUCUAUGAAAAGAGGGCAAGGAAGUUCUAAUCCCUAUAGUCAAGGAAAUAUCUGUGGAAACUGUUUCUAUGUAUUGUGUGGACCUGCGCCACCUAGUUUAAUUGAUCGAAGGGGUAUAGUAACACCUGAAUAUCGCGCGGAACAAGAAAGAGUUAGCGACGACAGUGUAAUUACUAGUAAUAAGACGUACGGUACUGUGAAAAUUGUACAACCACAGACCAAUGGUACAACUGUUCAAACCAAUCCCAGCACAGAUCUUACAGGUUCGAUGAACAAUCUUGUUACCGGUCAACACUCACCGCAAAUUGAAUCAAUAAACGGUAGUACUACAAAUAGCGUGAGCCAACUUGUUACCAAUGAAGUACCACUAGCAUCACUUAACAUAGUUCCAAUUGAUAUCGAUGAAAUUGCUCCGCUGCCUCCCCGUCAGAGUGUUGUGGUUUCUUCCACGUUGGAUACGUCCUCUAUACCUUCGGUAACUGUAACGACACCUUUGUCUGCAUCUAGACUUAGAUUGUUACAAGAUACAACUAUGAUAGAGUCUGCUCUAGACUUAGAUUCGUUGGAAGACGCCAGUGUUGGUAGGGGGAGUCAAGCUGGACUUAUAAAAAUGGGGGCAAUAUAACAAUGGGAUUUAUAAUUUUUAUGUAGAUUCAUAGACUUUUAAAGUCAUUGACGCUUAUUAAAGGGUAGUGCAGAUAUAAUUUUUUUUUCUUUAUACAAUCUUUGCGAAAUCAACAAGUAUCAUGUGCUUUAAAAUAUAGAAAAAGAAAAUACAAUUACAGGCUAAUGUACGAUGUGUUUUUACAAAUUUAUUUAAAUAUAAUUACAGAAUUAAAAAUUUAAUCAAAAGUUGGGUAACACGGGGACGUUUAUUUUAUUUGAUCUGCACUAUUCAUUCACUACACUUAGCAUUGUUCAUUCCAUUUCAGUUAUUCACAUCCGUCUUUCUUCAUUGUAACAAACUAGUGAAUGAGAAUAUUCUAUUUGCAGCAUAGUAGAUAUGUAUAAACGUAAAAAGUGGAAAUUUAUCAUACAAUAGUCUUGAUAUUAUACUAAACGAAAAAUAUGUGGGUUAAGGAAGAUGUACUACAUAAUUGAUUUAACUCGAAUUUAUGCAUUUUCUUUUUUACAAUGCACAUCAAGUUUUUUUUUUAUUGCUGAUCAUACAAUAUACUGGAACCAAAAAUUUCUUUACUAAUUGGAAUAAUUUCUGCAUUUGAAAAUCUAGAUAUUUUAAAUAUGUUAAAAUUGUGAUUAUAUAUUAAUUUUAUAAUAGAGAAAUUAAUAUGUAUGCAUUAACUUUAAAGGUCUGUGAGAAUCCGAGAAUCUGGAUCAAGUCGAAUCGAUAAUUUAUCUCGAAUUCGGGUCAAAAUCUCGAAAGUGAUAAUUAGUUAAAAACUGAACAUUCCUAUCAUAAAUUAUGGGUAAUCGUUUCUCGAUUUAUUUUGUCAAAUUAUUUCGAAAGAAAACUUUAGAUCGUACAGUGUAUCCGAGCCAUGAUGUGGUUAUUCAAAAUUUCGAAGAUCCUGAUAUUAUUUUAUUGCGAGAUACAUAUGGAAUCUUGAUUCGAUUAUUUUUCAAUCCAACAUGAGGUUUGGGUACCCGAAAAUUUGGGUUCUCGUACACUUUUAAUGUCAUUUUAUUAGAAAAUAUUUUUAUUCAUUAAGAAAUAUAAAAUCUGCAAUACGGAAAACAUUGAAUUCUAAAAACUUGUAUUUCAGAAUUUUACCAUAAAUUAGCAUUAAAGGUAUGAAGUAUUAUCUCAUUUAAUUUUUCAUAUUGGUAAAAUAGUAUUACAUUCUUUAAUGAAUUUACUAUGUACAGUGUAAAGAGAAUUUUGUAAAUAUAGGAAUUUUCAUAAACGUUAGUAUAGGUUUGCAAGAAUUUGAAAAAUUUGUUAAGGCAAUGCGGAUUGUACCAAGCAUUUUAAAAAUAGAAGUACCACUGCCUUGUUUAUUAGUAACUCAAGUAUCAACGUUGCAUGGCAUUGUUCAAUUCGGAGUAAUCAAAAUAUAGACAUUGUUUAUACGAUUAAUUAUUGAAAAAAGAUACGACACUGGUAGUUGUCAUUUUAUCUAUUAAGAAUUGCCAUUAUAUUAAC